GGGGGAUCGCGUAAUGGCGGACACGGGCCGGGCGAGCGCGGCUGGGGGCGUUGCGCGUUGAGGGGGGUCCGGCUGUGUGGCAGCCCGCUAGGCGGUCGGCGGGAGCAGAUCCCGUGUUGAGAUAGGGCGGCUGGCCGGCUUUUCCUGUCUCUGAGGGGGACUGCGCGAGGCCAGGUUGUUUUUCAUCAUUCAGAACAUUGCCUGAAGCAGGUCCACCAUGCCGUUAGUAACGAGAAACAUCGAGCCAAGGCACCUGUGCCGUCAGACGUUGCCUAGCGUUAGAAGCGAGCUGGAAUGCAUGACCAACAUCACCCUGGCAAAUGUCAUCCGACAGCUGGGCAGCCUGAGUAAAUACGCAGAGGACAUUUUUGGAGAGCUCUUUACUCAGGCAAAUACCUUUGCCUCUCGAGUAAGCACCCUUGCUGAGAGGGUUGACCGACUACAAGUUAAAGUCACUCAGCUGGAUCCCAAAGAAGAAGAAGUAUCACUACAAGGAAUCAACACCCGAAAGGCUUUCAGAAGCUCUACCAUUCAAGACCAGAAGCUUUUUGACAGAAAUUCUCUCCCAGUGCCUGUCUUGGAAACAUACAAUACCUGUGAUACUCCGCCCCCUCUCAACAAUCUCACCCCUUACAGGGAUGAUGGAAAAGAGGCACUCAAAUUCUACACCGACCCUUCAUACUUCUUUGAUCUUUGGAAGGAGAAGAUGCUGCAGGACACCAAGGAUAUCAUGAAAGAGAAGAGAAAGCAUAGGAAAGAAAAGAAAGAUAAUCCAAAUCGAGGGAAUGUAAACCCACGUAAAAUCAAGACACGUAAAGAAGAAUGGGAGAAAAUGAAGAUGGGACAAGAAUUUGUGGAGUCCAAAGAAAAGCUGGGGCCUUCUGGGUAUUCACCCGCCUUAGUGUACCAGAAUGGCAGCAUUGGCUCUAUUGAAAAUGUGGAUGUAGGCAACUAUCCACCACCACCACAGUCAGACUCCGCCUCUUCACCUUCACCUUCUUUCUCUGAGGAGAACUUGCCUCCCCCACCAGCAGAAUUCAGCUAUCCAGCAGACAACCAAAGAGGAUCUGGCUUGGCUGGACCCAAAAGAUCCAGCGUGGUUAGCCCAAGCCAUCCACCCCCAGCUCCUCCUCUGGGUUCUCCACCAGGCCCCAAACCUGGGUUUGCUCCACCACCUGCCCCUCCUCCUCCACCUCCAAUGGGCAUUCCACCUCCACCACCACCCAUAGGAUUUGGGUCUCCAGGGACCCCUCCACCACCUUCACCCCCAUCUUUUCCACCUCACCCUGAUUUUGCUGCCCCUCCACCUCCUCCCCUGCCACCUGCAGUGGACUACCCCACUCUGCCACCACCUCCCUUGUCCCAACCAGUAGGCGGUGCGCCUCCCCCUCCCCCUCCCCCUCCCCCUCCAGGACCUCCACCUCUCCCUUUCAGUGGUGGGGAUGGCCAGCCUACCAUACCACCACCGCCGCUUUCUGAUGCCACCAAGCCCAAGUCCUCCUUGCCUGCUGUGAGUGAUGCCCGUAGUGACCUGCUUUCUGCCAUCCGUCAAGGCUUUCAGCUACGCAGGGUUGAAGAACAGCGGGAGCAAGAGAAACGAGAUGUUGUGGGCAAUGAUGUGGCCACCAUCCUGUCACGUCGUAUUGCUGUUGAGUACAGUGACUCGGAAGAUGACUCCUCUGAAUUUGAUGAGGACGACUGGUCGGAUUAACUCUUUCUGCCUGCCGCCCACCUCCUUUUCUUUCCUUCCUACCUUCCUUUUUUGAUGCCUAUCCCAAUAGUCCUGUGGGAGGGGGGAGAAACAAAAGAAUUUCAAGGGCCAAAGCCUUCCCUGAAGCAACCAAAGAUAUAUCCAAGUGCUUCCUCCAAAUCAACAUGUAUUUUCUCUCCCUAUUGUCAAGAGCAUGGGCUCCUGAGUUUCAUAGCUAAGAUGAGAUGUUCCCUGGUUCCUUCAAGUGACUGUCGCAUAUUGAAAGGAAGGAAACCCCGCCCCAAGCAGAUUUCUUUGAUUGGAUUUCAAUGGGAAAUGGUAUUCUUCGCUAGGAGCCAUUUUCAACUGUGGCCCUCAUUUAAAAUGAGGGUCUCAGUUGAAAAUGGCUCCUAGGGGAGAGUACCAUUUUCAAUUGAAUUCCAACCAUCUUCUGGUCCUAAAGUACUGAGAGCAGACUGUGGGGACACAGUUGUCCCCCUUUCCUGUGUCCUAAGAGGGCAGAGCAGUCUGAGUACCCCGAAGCCAGACCACCUCUUGCCUACUCCUGCUGUCUUCCCUAAUCAGCAGGGUGGGGCUGCCUUUUAUUCAGUGAUCUUUUGACCUGGGAUGUUUUUUAUUCCAGGAGGUAACAGACCACUACAGAGUGUCUCAUCCACUUUUCCCAGAAACAAGGUCUCUGAAGGCUGAGGCUGUUGUCUCCCUCCUAGACUCCCUCUUAUCAAGUAUGAUGGUAAAGUGUCCUUCAAAUACCCCUUCCUUGCCCUUAGGUGCCUUUAGGCUCUAUAGCUCAGUUUUAACCUCUAAUAUCUAUGACCAAACUAGCCCUGACACACAGGGACAUGGGUGGGCUUCUGCUGACUGUCAGGAGCAAAGCUUAGAGACUUGGAACUACAGAACUAGAAGGAUGGUAGGAUUCCUUGGGUCUGCCCUCUUAAAGAUGAUGAGGCCUAGACAAGGGAAGUGACUUGCUCAAGGUCACACAGUUGGAUAGUAAUGGAGCAAGAGCCCAGACAUCCUGAUUCCAAGUCACCUGUGCUUUCUGGGACCAAAUAAUGGGCACCUGCUGGAGUCUGGGCAGAGCAGUCUUGGCUCUGUGCUGCUCCAGACCUCCCCAUAGGCAGGGGUCCCAGUCGGAGGCUCAGUGCCUGUGCCAGCCCUGUCAGUGUUGCUCAGACCUUAUAGCCUCUCUUGUAACCCUUUGUUGCCCCUUCCUAUCAUCAGCCAACAACAUGGCCUAGGAGCUGUGCUUCUGGGAAACCAGAGAGAAAAAGAAGAGGGCAGGCAGCUUUGACAGGUGCUGUUUUCAGUUUUACUGCAACUCCUCCCCUUUUAUUUCCCCAAUUUAAGCAUAGGUUCUACCAGCUGUAGAAACUUGAGUCCCUCAGGCUGGCAGCCGCCCCAGGUACCUGCCUUGGUGUGUGUGGGGGGGUGCCUAGCAGCCGUGAAGAGGGCUGAAGGGUGGAGGGACUCAGGGUCCUCCCUUACUGCACAUGGUAAUGUUCAUUCCCCCACCCCCAGCCACUUCCCAGAGCUUAUACACAGGUGCUAUUAUUUAGGAAAAAACUGGUCAGCUCUGGCCAACAGCAAGGUUUUUCUCUUCUGCCCCAACUAUUGUGUGGCCUCUCAUGCUGAAAUCGGCUUCUCCAGCUUUCAGAGCCUGAAACAAAGAGAAAAAGGAUCUGUCUCUACCCAGCACAGCAAAUGGUUGUAGUAAUUGCCAAAGCCCUCAUAAACCCCUCCGGCUUGAGGAGAGUAUAAUCGUGGGCACUGCUGCCUGCCCUUGCUGAAUACCUCCCUCUGCCUCCUUUCUUGAACUUAGGAUGUGGGGAGAGCCUGCAAGUGCCAGAAUAUGCUUCUGCUGCAGCUACUCCAGAGUGUGCCCUCCUCCUAUUCCCCAGAUAAGGUAUCUUCUGCACAGGGCUUGGCACCCAACUCCAUGCUCAGCACACCAGGCUGGGCCUGCCCAGCCAUGUCCCCUACUUGCACUUUGGAAGCCGAAGGUCCUUUUAUCAGAACCCUGAAAUGCUGUUGAAGGUGCCCCCGCUGCAGCCCAGCAGCGGCUGGAGAAGCAGGUGGAGGGAAGUGUUUCUCCCAAAUAGGAGUCCUGGGGCCUGGCCAGGCCAGGGUUUGGGCCUAAUGGCUGUGAGUAAAUUACCCCCAUCCUCCUCCUUUCCGGAAGAGGGGGAGCCAGAGCCACUCACUAUCAUUCUGCUCUGACCUUGAAGGGGGUGGUGUUGGCCUGGCUUCUGGAAUGGACAGAGUCCACCGCAGAAAGGGCUGGGGGCAGGAGGAGGUGGGGAGGGGCCCUGCCUGCGGAAGGUAGGAUUAGAUCAUUAGCUCAGUGACCUCCUAGGGUUUCGAUGUGCUGUGUUCUCAUCCUACAGCUGGUUUGGUAAUGAUCUGCAAGUCCCGGAGAGCAACAGCACAGCUCUGCCUGACGCUCUCAUUAAAAUCUAUGCAGCCAAGCUCGGCGCUUUGUAGCAGCCGGCCUUGCGAAGCCUCCUCAGCUCGGGGGGCUGGGGACCCAGUCAGCUGAGAGGCCCUCUGGGCUCUACUUAUGCAUAUGUGCACCAAAAAAAAAAAAAAGUGCUUCUUGAAACCCAAAGCCCUUUAAAGUGAUAAAGGAUCCAAUGCAGGUAGAUAUGUCUUUGGAAUUCUAUAAUUGUAGGAUACAAAGUUUAGUGAUUAUUUAAACCAAACAGCUGAGGCUGGUAAGAGUAUGAACAAUGGCCUGUGAGGGCUCUUAAGUACCAAAGCCAAGGAGCCACCUUCCUUCCUGGUCUGCCCAGCCCAGCCCAGGGGACCUGCCCCCAUUCCUGUGGCCCAGGGGCCCAGCUUCCAAUCGGCAGUGUCAGAAGUGACUUGUGGCUUUGCCUUGGUCGUGAGAUGAUUUCAUUCCAAAGGAGCAGGGUGUGGGGGGGGGGGGCUGUGUUUGAUCCCUUGGAGGCUCAGAGCAGCUGGCCCAAGCUCCAGCUUGCCUCCAAUGGAAGCUUGAGCGCCCUCAGAAACGACCCUGACCAAUGUCACCACAGAGCCGAGGCGGUGUUGUCAGGGCUAAUGUGAAAUCUCUUCCCGUGGCGCCGAUCCUCCGACUCUGCAGCGCCAGCUUGGACAGAUUGAGGUCUCUGAGGCUUUGGUGACCCUGCUUAUGCAUUCCCACCGUGUCCCUGCUCUGCUCUAGGACUGCCUCCCUCUGCAACCCCUCACCUGACCUCAGGGCCUGGGGAGGGAGGCAGUGCACCACGCCCAGGCGCUUCUGCUCAGGAGAGAUGUCAGCCUUCCUGGGGGGCAGCAAGCUUUGAGCUCUGCCAGGGGGCAGCUGGCCAGGGUCCAGCUGAUCUGGGACCAGGUGUCCCACUGAAAAGUGCCUUGCUGUGCCUCCUGCCACAUUCACUUUCACAGUGCCUCAGUGAGGGCAAGGAACAGUUCUGUUACUGUAUUAACUUCAUUCAGUUAAUUCACUUGAGAAACUAACCAAUUUUUACUUUCUGUCUAGAAUGAUGUACAUGUAGGAGAGUAAGCUGUAAUGCUCCCAAAGUGCCUUGUUUUCUCUGAUAUAAAUAUAUUUAUAAGGACAUAUUCCAAUGGGUUCUUGGGUAUGUUUGCCACAUGGAGAUUUUAGGGCAUGAGCAAGUAUAGUGGGGAUGCCUUCUGCAAACAGGCCCUUUCCCCUGAGAAUGGGGAAGGGGCUCUUCAGUUGGAAAUCCAAGCAGUGGGGUUAAGUCAAACCCCCACAGUUACCCUUUCCUCCUCUGCCCUGUUUUUCUAAGACCCUGGAAGGAUAUCCAAUUGUUUGAAUCCCUGCAGCUCCAAGCCUGGUCUCAUUUGCUUUCCUGCCAGGCUCAUGUGUAUAUAUAUACCUGUAUCCCAGUGAUUUGAAGAUUCCAUGUAACUAUUAUGUAUACACAUGAAUACUUAAAUACCAAUAUUUUCAAUAA